UGUACUGUUUCCGGUGAAACCGGAAGUGAAUUGUCUUGCGUAUUCGGACUCCAUGAACAAAAUCAUGUUUUAAAGUAAAUCGAGGAGUUGUUUGUCCUUAUUUUUGGAACCGAUAUACCUGUAACAACACCACGUGUUCGGUUAGAUGCGCUCCUUAUGCAUAUGAAGAGAAGUGGGUUGGUUUUUGGUCAUGAUUUUUGCUUUUUAGAAGCAUCCUAACAGAAGGGCUUUUUUUCCAAAGCAAUGUGAAAUCGUGAGCUUUUCCCUGUUUGUGGUCUGGGAACAGCAGAUGUUUCCUCGCCCAGCCCCUUAUGCAUAAAGACUCCAGCAAACACGAGGGUUGGCAUUUAUUCAGGAAUUGGCAGCAAGAUCAUGAGGCUAAAUGUUGGGAAGAAGUCAUCAAGUUAACAAGCUUGUUGUUUUAUUACAAAAGCCACAACACUGAAGCCACCUCUCAUCAGCUGGAUUACCCUGUCCCCUGACGUCUCCCUCCAUCCAGCUGGACAGCACUCACUCGCUGCCCCAGGUGCCACCAGGGGUUUGGUACCAUGAGGAACAAACGUGUAAAGACGCACUGCACGGGCUCUGCCGCUCUUCAGAAUGGUUCAUCUUUAGUUUAUAAGAACAGUGACAGCUUCUCUAAUGAGAUGACCGAGCAGCAAAGCAACAACUUCAUCCUUCAUAACUCUGCCUCCAGUGUGAGGCCAGAGCAGGACAACCCUGAAAUAUCUGGGUUCUUUACAGAAUACAUAGUUGGUGAAGAUGAUGACGAUGGCAUGAUCAGUGAUCCAGACUGGAACAAGCUUUCAUCAAACUCAGGAUCCGAUGAUGAGACAUUGUCUGCCAGUUCGGGUGACACUUCGAACAGCUCGGAUUCGGAGUGUGGCCCCGAGCCUGGAGGUAGACUAUGUUCUGAAUGUGGCGGAGGGCCGUACAAGUCGCUCAGGCUCCAUCUGCGUCAGUGUACGGGUGCAAAAAGAUACCAGUGUGUUCUGUGUAAGGAUUUAUUUUCUAAUGAGGCGGAACUCCAGGAGCACCACAUGCCGCUGUAUUUGUGUAAUAGCUGUGGUCAGGUCUUCCCAAAGAAGGUCUUCCACUCCCACUCCCAUUGUCCCAAACCACAGACGUCUCUGGUGCUCUUUUGCUCUGAGAUGUUGCCCAAAGCGUGUAACAUCUGUAAGUCCUUUUUCGUCUCAAAAAAGCUUCUGUUGGCUCAUGUCACCAAAGUUCACUCAUCAGUGGUCAGCACCAAAGUGUGCAUCAUCACUAAUCCAUCACUUCUGACAGAUGAAAAGAAACUAUCAGGUGUUCUUGGCACGCAAAUCCAGUCAGGUGUCCCUCCUGCAAGGGAAUCAAACCAGGUGGUUAACGGGAAUGUUUCUGUUGGCUGGACUCAUGAAGCUUCUUUGUCCAACUCGUUCCCUUUUCUUGCAUCAGAACAUCGUCCUUCAUCUGCCUCACCCGUAGACCAGCCAUCACUUUUUCUUCCCAGUACCUCCAGCCCAGCUCCAAACGCCAUCAACUCUGACCAUGACUACUCGUCCACCGCCACCGUUCUGGCCCUGUUCGAGAACAAGAGCCGCCAGCUGGCUCUGAUGAAACGUAUGAACUCAAGCUGGCGCUCCAAGCCCCCUCACCCCUGCAGGCAGUGCGGCGCCAUCCUGAGGCAGCCCUCCUUCUUCAUCAGUCAUCGCUACCUCCACCGAGGUCGGCGCUCACACCGGUGCUGGUGUGGGCGGGACUUUAAACACCAGCUGCACCUGCUGAGACACUGCCUUCAGCACGCCGAGGCCUUAAGCUACAUCUGCGUCAGCUGUGGCGACACUUUCACUGGAGCCAAACGCUUUGCAAAGCACCUUGUGGACAAAGUUGAGAAGAAGUCUCAUCGUGGACAAACGAUAAAAAGGAAAGUGAAGAAGAAAUGCGGAAUGCCCUUUAUAUGUGAAUGUGGGCUGCGUUUUUUUAGUCCUUCAGCGUAUUUAUGGCACCAAAUUAAGAACAAGAGCAAAAUAAGGGACAGUUAAUGAACAUCAGUCUACUUUUAUACUUCACUAAAUGUUCAAACUUCACACGUCAUCUGUCAGUCACUGGUUAGUUUGAAUUAAGAAAACAUUUAUUCUGAAAUGUUGAGGUGAAACGCUCAUUCUCUGGAUUGGAGAAAUGUUUUCAUCACAUAUAAACCAGAAAAUUAAAAUAAGUCAGCGGAAGGUUUGAAAAGAAAAAACAAAAACAAGGCACUUCAAGAAAAUGUCUUGUUUUGUUAAAACAUCACGGUUUCAAUUUCCAAAACAUGUUUAAUCCAGUUUUCCACUCAUAAAGUGCACUCUUGUCAUUAAUGUUCCAGUUUUUCUUUUAAAUCAUUUUGAUGGUUUUUAUUAUUAACAUCAUUCUUGAUCUUUUAGAGACAGUUUUUUCCCUGUAGUUGGAGGUAAACGUGAGUAUGACCCUGAGACAGUAAUUAAAAGUGUGACUGUUGGCCACUAGGUGGAGCAGUUGGGUCAUUUUUGAAAUGGAGGCAGGUGGGAAUUUUUACAUAUUUUCUUACUGAGCAAAAUGUAAACAUUAUUUAAGACGUUUUUAUCCAAAACCAGGAAGUUUCCACAGAUCAAGAUUUGUACUGUAAAAUAAAAUAUGCUUUCUGUGAAAAUGAAUUAAAUCACUUCAUUUCAAA